CUGAUUAUUUUCUUUCUAGUUAGAUUGCAAAUUGUUAUUAAUAAAAUAUUAUUUUAAAAAUGAUAAACAAUAUUAAUAUUUUUAAAGAAUCUUUAUAAAAAAGUCGUUAAUUCUUAUUUCCUAACAAAGUUGAAAGCUGUAUGCUUUUUCAACAAAAACAUCUAUGUUUCGUAAUAAAAAGUAUUGAACAAAGCUAUUGACAACAUAGUACUACUAUAUUUGUACUAGUAUUGAGUAUCAAUGGAGUACGAAAACGAUGAUACUUGGCGACGAUCCAGCUCACCUAAGGAGGUUUCCUGUCACCCAAUUCCAAAGAAAUCAACGACUACAGCAGUUAUCGUUCUUGGACUCGCUGUCUUAAGUUGCUUACUUGGCUACUGUGUAUUGAGUGAAACUCUGCCUUACGAAUCGAAGACAUUACGCCUGGUUAUUAUUUUCUUUCGACAUGGAGCUAGGACACCAGUUACAACAUAUAAAAGCGAUCCUUUCAAAAAUUAUCAGUGGCCUGAUGGUCUUGGCAGUCUAACAAAUGCAGGUAAACUGCAGUUGUAUGAAUUGGGUAAAAAAUACCGCAACUAUUAUGCUAACUUCAUACCUGAAGAAUACUAUGAGAAAGAAGUAUAUAUAAAGAGCAGUGACAAGUCCAGGUGUAUGAUGAGUGCAUACACUUUUCUGGCUGGCCUAUUUCCCCCUUCCGAAAGACAGAUGUGGCACCCUGAGCUAGCUUGGCAACCAAUCCCCGUACAUUCAUUACCGAGACAUCUUGACAAUGUUGUAGCAGCCACAAAGCCUUGUAAAGUGUGGAAAGCAAUGUACAAUGAGUUGUUAGAUGAGAAAAAUGCUGAUCCAAAAUUUACAGAAAUCUUUGACUACUUGAGUAAAUAUACAAAUCAAACCAUGCGAAGUGUAUUGGAUGUGGACUUCCUUUACAGCACUCUACAAACGCAGCAGGAAGCUGGCUUGAAACUUCCCGAAUGGACUAAAAAUGUUUUUCCUCACAAAAUGAAGGUUCCAUUUAUGCUUAGUUUGGCUUUGCUUUCUUACAAUUCGACUCUGCAAAAGUUUCAUACCGGUCCACUACUUGGUGAAAUAAAACAGUACCUACAAGAAAGUGUGAACCAUAUUAACAUUGACAGAUCUUUAUACAUUUAUUCUGGCCAUGAUGUUAAUGUUGUGUCUCUAUGGCGUGCUUUAGGUUUCGAAGAACUCUUAGAGCCAGAAUACGGGGCAAGUUUAGCAAUUGAAUUGCACGAAGAGGUUGAACAGGACAAUUUCUUUAUUAGGUUAUUCUACCGCAACAACACCAAAGUUGAAGAACCAAUGGAACUAAAGCUACCAUUUUGUAAUGAUCCCUGUACUUAUGAGAAAUUUGCUGAAUAUAUUGAUUUACUUGUACCGCAUGAUUGGGAAAUUGAAUGUCAAAAUUAAUUUUAAAUAUGAUGUUCGUAACUUUACAUAUAUAUAGGUUUAAACAUAUUACCACUGUCGUAAAUUGGUGGAAAAUAUGAAUGUUAUAUAUAAGAAACAAGUAAUGUUGAUGAAAUUAUAUGUUAUAAUUUCCUGCAAAUAUGAAAAAAUGAUAUUAACUGAAACUCAAUUUAAAAAAUAUUUUUACUAAAUAAUAUGCCAAAAUAUUUAAUACCUUCUAUUAAGGUUUAAACAACCAUAAAAUAUUAUACAACUGAAAACUUACGAUUUAUGACUGACAUUCCAUUUAUAUUAAAUGAACAAAAAACGAUUGCAAUUCUUUUAUGUAUAUUGCAUGCAAAUAAGAAUUAUUUUCUUGUUGGUUACCUUUUACAAGCUUUAACUUCUAAACAAACUUAUUCAAUGUUAAAUAAUUAUAUACAAAUAAUCUAGAUGUUUGUUAUUUAUUUUUUAUAUUUUACUAUAAUAAAACCAAAUAUUUUAAUAUUGUAUGAAACAUUUAUAUUGUAUGUGCCAUAAACUAGAAAGGUAUUAUAAUAUAAAAUAUAGUAUUGUUAUAUAAAGAAGAAUGUCCAUUUUGGUAAUCAGAACGAGGAUGUUCUAAUGAUAAUCAUUAUCCGAAUAAUUUAAAUUAGGAUAAAUAAAUUGAUGUUAUUCGAAAUACGUAAUAUAUUGCGCCAUAAGUACCUAUAUUGUU